AAGAUAGAUCUUGAAGAAAAGGAUCAUAAGUCUUUACUUGGUAAAUCAAACCAAUACGUCCCUAGUAAUUAUCCUGAAUCUUGCAAGGAAUGGGCAUACUUAAACGGCGGAAAGUGUGCUUCAAGUUAUUUUUGGUUUCUGGAGCAAUCUUUACCUUAUACGGCUUUGCCUGGCUAAAAGCUGUUUUGAAUAACCGUUAUAACGUCCCACCUCAGAAGGAGGAAUCAGGAAUCCAUGUAAUAACUAACUAUCCACUGAUGACUGAAAAACCUUGGAACGAAAGCCAAACAGAAACCAACAGAUCCAGACUAUGGCAACGACAGGAAGAGAUAGAAGAAACACUACAGAAAAAUCUCAACCACCCUUUAGUCACAGCUGUUCAUCUUCUCGUUAAUCAACCAUCAGCCGAACAAAGAUUGAGCGAACAAAAUUUUCACAACAAACACAAAAUAUUUGUACAUCGCAUCAACGCCUUGCCUAAAUACAGAGAUUUUUUCGAUUACGUAAACGACAGACUCCAAAAUCAGUUUGUGGUUAUAACGAAUAUGGAUAUUUAUCUUGGCGAAGGAUUUGAAAUGAUAAAUAAAACAUUUCUGGUAAAAAGUAAUAUAUCUUACGCCUUGACACGCCAUGGACGUCAGGAAAAAAGAUGCAAUAUGGGCGGAAAACGUGGAUAUUGUGGAGUAAGCUAUGUCGGUUCACACGAUACCUAUAUUUUUGUGCUUACACAACCUUUAGAUGAUUCUGUUCUGGCCGAGUUCAAUUAUAACAUGCAUGUCAUGGGGUCGGAUAACAGAAUGAUUUGGAUACUAAAAAACCGGAUGAAAAAGAAACCUCUUAAUCCAUGUCAAUACUUAAAGACAUACCACAACCACUGUGUUGAUAUACAUGGUAGUGUAAGACCACAGAUAAGUUAUAAUCGGAAUAUUGGUAAAGGUGCUAUAGUGAAACCCGGUGGGUUAUAUGAAUGA